AUGCCCGAGGAAGAACCAUCGCUCAACAUCCCGUCGCUGCUCACUUUAGCAGUCGUUUCUUUCUUCGUUAUCAGAUGGUUCCUUAAGCGCGACGGCAGUUCCGAUCCAGGCGCCCCCCGCGCCCGUGGUCGCGGGAACAUCGUCGACCCAGCUCAGGUGGAACAGAUAGCUCAGAUGUUUCCUCAGCUCAGUACUCGAGAGAUCAUGUGGGACUUGCAGCGCAAUGGCGGGAAUGUUGCGGCGACUACUGAGCGGAUUCUCAGUGGUCGUGGACUGGAUAUGCCGCCUCCCUCUUUCCAGCCAGCGAUCGUUCUACCCUCUACUACUACCGCUCCGACGGCAGCUUCGCAGCCUUCGUCGAUGUCCGGGGCUUCCCUAAAGUCGGACGGCCAGGAUUUGAUUGCCCGAUACAACCUCAGCUCGAAAAUCAACGCUAGUGACGACGCUACCAGUGAUCAAUCAUCGCAGAAAUCGACAAGCGGGUGGUCGCAGAGCAAAGAGGAGCGACAGCGCUUAUUACAGAAACGGAGAGACGAUAUGAUUUUGGCAGCUCGGAGGAGGAUGGAGCAGAAGCAGCGGCAGGCUGACAAUGCGUCCACUUGA